GUGGUUACAGAGAACGUUAUUCCUGUGAUCUUCCUUCACGAACUACCACCACCACCACCAUCACCACCACCACCACCAUCACCAGUACCACUAGCGCCGCGGCGACAAAAGUAGCACCAAACAAGCACCACACACGUGUACUGACACGCGGCACAGCAGAACAUCAGCACAAUGACUGGCUUCGGGCUGCUGUCUUUCCUGGGAACCCUGGCCAUGGUGGUGGCGACGGACGUCAACUCAUCAAAUACCGAGUGCCACAGCCCCUUCACGGAGGUUGCAGGUCGCUGCUUGCAUAUUGAAGUCGCCACCACUGGCUCGUGGCACAAUAUGCGAAAGCUCUGUCAGGACCUUGGGGGUGACCUGGUCAAUCUUUCUGAUCUGCAAUUCUACGGUGACCUCAUUUUGUACAUUAAAAGUUUACAUUUGCCAAACGUUCAUUUGUGGAUCGGUGCCACGGACGAGGCGAUGGAGGGCAUCUGGAUGUGGACAGAUGGGACACCCGUCAGGAUGGGCACUCCUUACUGGGCCAACUAUAAGGACAACGUUCAAAUGCCUGCUGGAGGAGAGAAUCAAAACUGUGCUAUGCUUGAUAUAAACAUGCAUUAUUAUUUCAAUGAUUAUGGCUGUUCGUCACCAGAUAUAAGUCCGAUUUGUGAGAAGUACCAUGAGAAACUUUAAAUUUUAGUUACAUAUGAAGAAUAUUUAGAUCACAGUCAAUAUACUGCACGAUGUUCGAAGGGAUAUAAGGUACAGAACUGUCCGAAUCUUAUCAGUGUAAUAAUGUAUAAUGUGCAAACAGUUUUUCUCAUGAUUUUGUUAUGAUUUAAUGUGUAGUACCUUGGAUUAAAGACAUUAUAAAGUUGAUGA